AUGGCAACCCUGCUCGAAUACACUCAAGUCGAACUUUUGACGCUCAACGGGCCAGAAUUCCGCCGGGUGUCAACUGCUCCUCCGCGCCUACCCACCGAUGACGAGAUUCCAAUCAUAGAUCUCGCCUCUAUCGACAAGGAUCUGGAAGCGAGAAAGAUCAUAGCGUCCAAAGUCAGGGUGGCGGCCGAGAACACGGGUUUCUUCUAUAUCCAAAAUCAUGGUAUCUCAGAAGAGCUCAUUCAGAAUGCCCUAUCCCAGGCGAAAGCUUUCUUCGAUCAGCCGAUCGAAAAGAAGCAGCUAGCCUCCAGAAAGACUCAAAAAUAUGCAGAUGGAUGGCAUGGGCUGGGAAGCAGCCAAAUUAACAAAACCGAAACAAGGGAUCGCAAAGAGACAUUUUCGCUGCGCUACAAUCCCAGUAACGACCCAACUGUCUCCGACCCAGACACUCUGACCGGCGAUGACUUUCCAUGGGAAACAACAGGCCAUCUCCCUGGGUUCCAGGAAAAGACUAUCGAAUUCUUCCAGAGCCGCCUGACGCUUGCGCGCAAGAUUAUCCGUAUCUUUGCUCUCUCUCUAGGCAUGCCGGAAGAUUACUUUGACGAGGUCAUCACAAACCCCGGUGCAGACGGGCUUUAUGUACACUACCCCGCUGCACCAGUCGAGACACUCGAGAACAACGGGGACGUUGAUGUCGGCAUCGGCUCACAUACCGAUAUUCAGUGCGUGACUAUUUUGUGGCAGGAUAUGUCUGGUGGCUUGCAGGUCCUAUCUGGCAGUGAUGAAUGGCUCGAUGCUCGGCCUAUCCCUGGAACGAUGGUGGUUAAUAUUGGUGAUUUACUGCAGCGUCUUUCAAAUAAUAGGUUCAAGUCCACGGUGCAUAGGGUUUAUAAUCGUCAACCUACCUCCAGGUAUUCGAUGCCUUUCUUCCUGGGCUUCAAUCCGGAUUCGGUUUGUCAAGUUGUGCCUUCAUGUAUUGAUGAGGCCCAUCCUGCGCUUUAUGGACCUGUCUCUUGUGGAAAGUGGCAUCGAAACCGACUUGAACUCGCCCACGGAAAGCCCAUUUCUCCUUGA